AUGGGCAGAGCAAGGCACAGAGCCAGCGCUCAGCGGCGGAGGCGAGAGCGGCCCGGGGAUCCUCCUGCCGCCUGCGCAGCCAUCGCCGUCAUGGGCGCCAACCGCGCGAGGUGCCCACCUGUCCAAGUCGGGGUCGGGAGCAAAGCGGCAGGCAGGGAGCGGGCGGCGGCCAAGCGGCGGCGGGGAAAGGCGCGGCGUAAGCGCUGGUGGCGGCGGGUCCGGGAGGCGGGCGCUAAGGAUCUGGUGCUCCCGCCGCCGCCGCCGCGGAACCGGCGGGCGUCCGCGCCCACCCCACCGGCACCCGCCACGUCCCCGGGUGAGCUGGACCUGGGCGCGCAGCGAGAGCGCUGGGAGACGUUCCGCAAGCUGCGGGGCCUCAGCUGCGAGGGUGCCGCCAAGUUCCUGCUGGACACCUUCGAGUACCCGGGCAUGGUGUACCACACCGGGGGCUGCCACUGCGGUGCCAUCCGCUUUGCGGCCUGGGCCCCCGCCGAUCUGCGCGUGGUGGAGUGCAGCUGCAGGCUGUGCAAGAAGAAGCAGCACCGCCACUUCCUCGUCCCGGCCGCGCGCUUCACGCUGCUGCAGGGCGCCGAGAGCAUGGUCACCUACCCGUCCAACACGCACCCGGCGCUGCACAGCUUCUGCAGCAGGUGCGGGGUGCAGAGCUUCCACGCCGCGGAGUCCGAUCCCCGCGUGUACGGCGUCGCCCCGCACUGCCUGGACGCGGGCACGGUGCGCAGCAUGGUCAUCGAGGAGGUCGACGGUGGCGUUUGGGCGCAGGAGGCCACCGAGGAGAACGACGCCAUGCAGAACGCGCCCAGCGAGGCGGUCCCUGCCUGUCCUGGCCAAGAGGAGCAGUGA